AUUUGAUUUAAUGGUGAGAAUAAACCUUUCGAUGAAUGACUAGAAUUUCAAAAGGCUAUUUACAGCACGAGUAAAACAUUUGCAAAAUAACUUGAUCAAAAGAAAAUGUUGCCGGGACGAUGUUUGUAAUUGACUGCUUUUAGAGGACGCUUAUGCCAGUAAAAUGUAAAAUACCUUAAACUCAAAUUAAUAUGUCCAUAUAUUUGUGUAUUUGGUGUAUAGCCGGUUAUUUAACGAAACCUGACAGAUCUGUUAGGGUUUAUUCUACGACUGACCACCAGGAGGCGUAAUUAACUUUUACCUCAACGUUUAAUGUAAGUUUCAUCAUAGCACAAACACGGAUAAUAUUGCAUUGAUUCAGCUGUAAAUUGUAUUUGGAUGCAAAACAUCUUAAUAAAACAAAGUCUGUAUUGCCAGUAAUGUGGAUUGAAAUAAUGUUAAGGUUAACAAAAUACUUUUAAAUCAGUAUUUCAAUGAUUCAGCUUUGAUGUUGAUUCACCCGUUGAGUAAACGUUGAAAGGACGGCUGGUUACGUCACGUAGCCCUAUUUUUGUGUGUACAGGUUUUACUUCUGAGGGUUUUUAAAAAACACUUGAGAGGACAAUUAUAGUGGUCCUUGUUGUUUGAAAUGCUUAUUAAUAAGUGAAAUCAAAUCACGUUUUGUUUUGUUUAUAUCACCCCUAAACGCGACAUCACCAAUUUGCAGUAUGGUUUAGCAGGUAUCAUGACCUCCAUAUUAAAAUAAUUUUGUCUGUUAGAUACCCGAUAUAUGUUUGAGAUUAUAUGUAAGCUUAUAAAAAAAAAAACCUAGUUCCUACUGUGCCAGUUCAUCCGGAUUGUCGUGUCUAGUGAGUUAUUGUGAACAUUCAAAUUGGCAGCAGUUUGUCAUAACGAUAACAAACAUGAAAAAACUGAUUGAAUGAAAGCACAAGUUCCGAUGAUUCUUACAAAGAUGCUGAGCAGAAGAAUGUCUUUGACUCCACACUGCAGGAUCUGAGCCGUUUAAUGGUCUCUCACACAGAGCAGCAGACACCAUGAGCUCCAUUCACUGCAGAGCCACGACUCGAUACACACUUUCUGCUGUCUUUGUGACUUAGACCAGUUUGAUUUGUUUUUCAUUGGAGAACUAGAGCAGUGUGUGUGAAGAGGAACCACUCAUGCGAGGACAGAAGAACUGAGAGACUAACUGAGAAUUUGGUUGCAUGCUCUGAAGAUUGUUUGGCGUCAGGUUGAUCGCACCUGCACUAUUUCUGAAAAUGUUGCAGCACUUCCUCGUGUGGGUGUUCUUAGACAAAAAUGAUUCAUAUGGCCUCACAGGGUUCUUUGCUGCUUCUUUGAACAGCGUUCUUUGCAGCUAAAGUCAUAUUUCUCAGUAUGGAACUGCUCUAGACUGAAGCAGGGGAGAAGACAAGGAUGAGAAAACUCUGACAGACAGACGACAGAGAAAACUAGCAUUCGCACAGUCUUUUUGACCAGAAUCACUGACUAAUUGUUUUUUUACUGGAACGCUGAAUGAUGUUUCUGCUGGCUGUUCUGUGCGUAUUGUACGUCUGGAGUCCAGCAACGCUGAUUGGUGGACAGGGAUCAUCAACGAAUAUUAUACCUCGGAAAACAGUGCCAAUUAAUAGUAGUGGAGGACAUUAUUUUCAUGAGGAGGGUGUUUGGAACUACACCACUAUGCUUCUGAGGGAAGAUCUCAACAUGCUCAUCCUGGGUGCCAGGGAAGCCAUUUUUGCCCUCGAUCUAAAUAACAUUACAGUCAGGAAGGCCAUGGUGAAUUGGAAAGUCAAAAGCCAGCAGCAAAAAGAAUGUUCUCUUAAAGGAAAAGAUGCUACGAAUGACUGCAAAAAUUAUAUCAGAAUUCUUCAUAAAAGGGAUGAUAACAGAAUGUAUGUUUGUGGAACCAAUGCAUUCAACCCAACCUGUGACUAUAUGUCCUAUGCAAAUGGUGAGCUGAAAUUAGAGGAAAAGCAAGAAGAUGGGAAGGGGAAAUGUCCGUAUGAUCCUUUUCAACGAUACGCGUCUGAGAUGGUUGACGGAGAGUUAUACUCUGCCACUUCACUGAACUUCUUGGGCUCAGAUCCAGUUAUGAUGCGCAGCACAGGCGAAAUCAUACGGACAGACUAUUGGUUCAAUGAACCAAAUUUUGUCCGCAUGGCCUACAUACCGGAGGGAAAAUCGAGCCCAGAGGGGGAUGACGACAAGAUCUAUCUGUUCUUCAGUGAGAGCGCAGUAGAAUAUGAUUCAUACACCAAGGUGGACGUAUCUCGGGUAGCUCGCGUCUGCAAGGGAGACUUGGGUGGGCUGAGGACGCUGCAAAAGAAGUGGACAUCAUUUCUAAAAGCGAGGCUUGACUGUUCCUUUCCAAACAUCAAGCUACCCCUUCUGGUCCAGGACGUGUUCCAGUUGUGCCAAGAUGACUCAACCACCUGCAUUUUUUAUGCUGUUUUUACUCUACAAUUAGACUCCUCUGAAUACUCUGCAGUAUGUGCAUACAAAAUUGAAGACAUCAAGACCGUGUUCUCAAAGAGCAAGUUUAAGACUCCUGUUACCGUCGAGACGUCGUUUGUGAAGUGGGUGAUGUACUCGGGCGAACUACCUGACCCCCGACCUGGAGCAUGCAUUGAUAAUCAUGCCAGAGAAAAGAACAUCAACAAAUCUCUGGAUCUGCCAGACAAAACAUUGCAGUUCAUUAAAGACAAGCCUCUGAUGGACCAGGCCGUCAAAGCCAUUGGACAGCGACCACUGCUGGUGAAGACAGGCAUUGCUUUCACUAGAAUUGUGGUGGCCACAGCGACUGCCUUGAACGGAAACAGCCAUCAAGUCAUGUUCAUUGGCACAAAGAACGGUUCAGUGCUGAAAUCUGUGAAUUAUGAGGGAGAGAUGGUUAUUAUGGAAGAGAUUCAGCUAUUUGAGCCCUCAGAGCCCAUCAAGAUACUGCGACUUUCCAACACCAAGAAACAGCUGUACGUGGGUUCGGAGGUGGGCGUGUUGCAGCUGUCCAUCAGUGAAUGUGGGCGGUACCACACAUGUCCGGACUGUGUUCUGGGCAGGGAUCCGUACUGUGGCUGGGACCUCAAUGCGGGCCGCUGCUCUACCAUAAACAGCACACACAGAACCAGCACCAUGAUUCAGAGUCUGAGUGACGGUGACACUAGUCGAUGUCCACCAAUAGAUGGCAGUAAGCCAGUCAGCACCUGGUUUAUCCAUGGCAAUUCCGUGAAGCUGUGGUGCCAGCCUUAUUCCAACCUGGCACAGGUUCACUGGAAGCUGAACGGACAACCGAUCAGACUGUCAGACACCAUACAGAUCCUCUCUGACGGCCUGAUGAUCCUCAACGCCUCUGCAGAAGCCAGCGGCUACUACACCUGCAGUUCUGUUGAGCAGAAAUACGAGGCCCAGCACGUAGCAUAUGAUCUGCAAAUGUGGUCAGGAUUUGGGACUGCAGCAUUACUCCAUGACGUUAAGGAAAAAGAGAACACCCUAGUGGCUAUGGUGGUGAUAUUGUCGCUAAUUCUAGCUACGUUAGUAAUUUGGAACCUGUACAAAGGGCAUUUACUUUUGCCGUGUUGCCACAGUAGGGUAAAAGACAUGCCGAACAGGAACAUAGAUGAGAGGUUCUCUGCAAGCCAGGCUCAACAAUAUAAAGUAGCAUCACCAACAGUGAACUUGAACAGCAACAACAACUAUGCAAACGACCAGAGGUAUUCCAUCUCUAGAGAAAUGGACAGACUCUCAACCACGGUUGGUUCCUCAGGUCAGAUCUCAUUGAGAUAUAUGGAUGAUGAAUCAGAGAUUUGAGAUUGUUUUUAUGCACAGACUUGCUAAUGCAGCUAAUGUGUGGUCAUUUAAAUGCAGACCAAGCCCAUGGGUGCUGGUUCCUCUUUUGCAGCUGUUAACUUUUGACUAAACUGCUGUUUUGAACUACUUUGUGUCCUUGAUGAAUUGCCUUCAAUUCCAAAUGGCAUUGUUCAACCAUCAUAUGCCUACAUGUCCAAUGGACAAAAAAGACACUGAACCAGACUUUUUAGUCUGUCCACAUUGCAGUCCGUUCACAGUCAAAUCACUUGGUGGCCAUAUUUGUAACAUCACUAGGCAGCUAUUUCUACUGCUGUUCCUCACUAUUCACCAAAUUAUUUGUACAGCCGACUUUUUCUUUUCUUUCUUUUUCCUAAACUAUAGCAGCAAAUACACAGUACCCACACUUGCCACUUGAGAGUGGAUGUACGUGAUAGGAAAUAAGUGUGAAAGACUGUCCUAGGUCUAAAAAAAUGCCACAUCUCAGUGUCCUUAACUUACUAAAUCCAUCUCUAAUUCUGCUUCAGAAUAUUUAAAGCUAAGUGUUUCCCAUCAUUCAUGUUCAGGAAAUCAUGUGCCCCAAAAUUGCGAGAUUUUGAGGAAAACUUGCCAGUUAAAGUUAAAUUAAUUAGAUAUUAGAUAUGAUCAUUUCAAUCUCUGCAGACACUUGCGGUCUUCACGCCGCUUGAACACUUACAGGAACACUUACACCGAAGUCAUCAAGUGAAAAGCAGCAGAGUGAAAUAAAACAUAUUUUGUGUGAACGGCCCCUAACUCUGAAAACAAGGCCAGAAAUACUGUUCUGCUAAUAAAUAUGUACUUUACUUGCUACUUAGUGCCGCAAACAAACUGAAUCAAAUCCAGUGAUUAGUUCUCCCUCAGACUUGACAUCUUGUGAACAUGAUUUUUCGCAGGUCAGCUGAUAAAAAAACAAGUGAGCCCUGAAGUCUGAGUCAGAAACUAUUUUGAUUCUUCCUCAGGAUUGUAAUGGUUGCGUUGCUGUUUUGGGGCACUCAUCAGGGUUAAAGUGAGACAUGCUGUCUUGUUAAAACCUGCUGUUGGUGUUGCCACAAACCCAAGUAUGCUGCCUUUAAAGGAAAUUCCACAUGGACAAGAAUGAACUUCCUGUAUCUUCAGGAUGCCAAGACAAGUGUCAAAUGACUGCAUCUCAGUCAAUAAUGCAGCUUAUGUUUUUUUUUAAUGAAUGUAUUGCAGAAAUGUGCUUCACAUCCUUACAAUAUUUUUCACUGUAAUACAAUUUUUGUACCUAAAAUGCUGUAAAUGCUUAAUUUAAAAUGACUUUUGCCAAUGAAAAACAAAUUAAUAAAAAAUAAGCACAAAUGAUAAACAGUUAAAAAUUAGCAAACAAA